CACGGAGACCAAUGCCACCGAACUCUGCACAUGGAGAAGGAGAAUGCCGCCCGACGGGAAGCCAUCCGACUCCAACAAGAAGCGGAACAGGCAGCACGUCAGCAGGCCGCUGCCGACUCUGCAGCAGCUGCACGGCAGCAGCAGCAGCAGCUCGAGGCAAGUCAGACUCAGGCUCGGUUCCAGGCUGCCAUGAAUCUUCUCCACGAAGAAGCCGCAUACGGCAGAGUACUUCGACAGGAGCACUUCCGAGCAACUGAGGAGCAAGAAGAACCAACCGAGGACGAGAGAAAUAGGGAAACUACAGCAGUCUUGAUUGAGAACCUGCUGUACACGUGCAAUUGGCAGCAACGUGAACUAUUGGCUAUGCGGCAGGUCCUCAUCCGCCAUGAAGGCAACUUCAAGGCAAUGGAUCAGAACAUCACUGCCCUGCAGGCCGACACCGGUGUGCUGCAGGCCGCCGACAGCCAACAGCAGGCCAUCAACGACCGACUGCAGAACUCCGUCGAUGCCGGGAUGGCACCACUGUCCGCAGUCGAGUCAACGGACGGUGCAGUUUCAGACAGCAGCCCAGCUUUGGCCGCUCAAGCCAAACAGCUCGAUGAGCGAAUCAAUCACAUUGUCGCAUCCCUUGGCGACAUCAGCAAGUUUGCUGGAGCGUCGACAGUCAGCAAUCAGCUGCAGUCGCUCAGCGACCGCGUCGACCAACGACCGGCCGCUGCCGCCAAGGAAUGGAAGAUGCCGAACUUCAAGAUCGAGAAGUUCGACGAUUACCAGAAGACUGAUCAGCUGCAAUGGUGGAUGGCGUUCAACACGGAGGCCGACGUACAUCAUACUCCGCCCCUACGGCGGAUGGACGCAUUGUACCUCCAACUUAUAGGCGGGGCGCAAGCAUUCAUGACGCACAUGGCCGUCACGCUCGAAUGUACCAUCGCCACCCUCCACACGAAGAUCACGUGGGAGGAGUUUGAAAAGAAGUGGAAGACCCGGUUCAUGAUGAACAACGACAAGCCUCGCGCCUUGAACAAGAUCUUCCACAUCUUCUAAGGCCAGCAACCUUCGCGGGAAUGGCUGACGGAGUGGCAAAGACUCGUCGCCACCCCGGAGUUGAACCUGCCAUUUGACUCA